AUGCUGCUUCCGUACCUCGAAGCAGAGCAUCUUCGGCAGACACUGCCCCAGCGACCAUGUCGAGAAGCAAUGGUUCAAUUCUUUUCGGGCACAUCUGAGCACUUUUACGAAGUCGUCGUUGAUUUGGAACGGGCCAGCAUCGUCUCCGAGAAAGAUCUCCGGGGAUAUCACUCUUACACCGAUUUUGAAGAGCAGACCUGCCUGGAGCAGUCGUGCCUACACGACGAUCGGAUCCUGAAGGCGAUCGUAAAAUUUGAUUUGCCCGAAGGCGCCGUCAUCAGCGUCGAGCCUUGGACUUACGCACCCGACGGAGUAGAAAAUGCCACACAGAGAUUGACCAUGGUAUCAAGGAUCCCGGAAGCUAUUUGCAAAGCCUCUCGUCCCACCCUGACGCAAGCCACUUCAUGUGUCCUCUUGAUUUCUGCGCCGAAGUUUCCGAUACUGGUAUGCUGCCACGAAGUCGACGACGGUAUUCUCUGGAAGCAUGCCAAUUGUCGGACACAGAAUGCUGUCGUCGCCAAAUCGAGGGUCCUCAUCUUGCAGACUAUCAUCACUGUGGCGAAAUACGAAUAUAUCAUCGCAUUCCACUUCACGCAGGCGGCGAGUAUUCGGUACGAAGUUCGUGCAACAGGCAUUCUCUCCACGGCACCGAUCGAAAUAAACGAGCAAGUGCCGUACGGAAAGGUGGUCGCGCCUGGUGUCAUGGCACCCUACCACCAACAUCUAUUCUCGCUCCGUAUUGAUCCAUGGCUUGACGGCCAGAAGAGCUCGUUCUCUACUUCUGAGUCCGUUCCAAUGCCUCUAGAUCAAGACACGAGUCCCUUUGGCGUUGGCUACAGGACUCGCGGCAGCAUCAUCGAGUCCGAGUCAGCCCGUGACCUCGACAUCACAAAAGCACGGACAUUUCGCGUACUUAAUGAAAAGUCGAUCAAUCCCAUGUCGGACCGGACGGUAGGUUACGAGAUUGUUCCCAGUCCAGCUCAGAUGCUGCUGGCACAUCCGUCUUCGUUCCACAGCAGACGAUCCGAAUUCGCAGAUCACGCUUUCUGGGUGACACGCUACCAUGAUGGAGAGCUAUUCGCCGCGGGAGAUCAUACCAUGCAAUCCCAAGGUGGUCAGGGCAUCGCCUCGUGGAUCAAAGGCGAAAGAUCCGUAGGACCUUCUGGGACAAGUAUAUCAUCGUCAAGGGCCUCUCAGUGUAGAAGACGAGGAUAUAGUAGUGUGGCACACUUUCGGCACCACCCACAAUCCACGGGUUGA